CCUGAGUGGGUGGCCCCUGGCAGCCCCAAGGCUGCAGCAGGGAGCCGGGAGAGCGGCUCGCCGAGACUCGGGCAGCAGGAGGAGCGUGUGAGCUGUGGGCGUCCCUUUAAGAGUUGCUGGCCAGGCAGGGCCUCCGCCUCUCAGUCCGCGGAGAGGCGGCGGUCACCUGGGACUCGCGAGGCAGCCAGAUUGCGGCGGGGUCGGCGUUCUUGCCGUCGUGAAGGUGGGAGAGGGGACUAGGACGCGAGGUGCCCGGAGCCCUCACGGAGAGUGGCCGUCCCGCGCUUCUCUGCGGCGGAGGAUGCGGGAGCGCAUCUGGGCGCCGCUGCUGCUCCUGCUACUGCCGCCGCCACUGUGGGGCGGCCCCCCGGACGGCCCGCGCCAGCAGCUGGAGCCGGAGCCCGGGCCUCUGCAGCCCUUCGACCUGCUCUACGCCAGCGGCGUGGCCGCCUACUACAGCGGGGACUACGAGCAGGCGGUGCGGGACUUGGAAGCGGCGCUGCGCAGCCACCGGCGCCUGCGGGAGAUCCGCACGCGCUGCGCCCGCCACUGUGCCGCGCGCCGCCCGCUCGCGCCCCCCGGCGCCGGCCCCGGGGCCGAGCUGCCCUUUUUCCGCGCCCUGUUGGAGCGGGCGCGCUGUUACCGCAGCUGUGAGACCCAGCGCCUCGGGGGACCCUCGUCCCGCCACCGCGUUAGUGAGGAUGUGCGCAGCGACUUCCAGCGCAGAGUGCCCUACAACUACCUGCAGCGGGCCUACAUCAAGCUGGGAGGAAGAGGAGUGACUGCUACCACAAUUGGGGAGGAGGGAAGUAAGUGGAAGUCCCGACUUUCUGUUGGACCAGCUGACGUCAAGCUUAACGAGAUGGAGAAAGCAGUGGAAGCAGCCCACACAUUUUUCAUGGCCAACCCUGAGCACAUGGAAAUGCAGCAGAACAUCGAGAAUUAUAGAAUGAUGGCUGGUGUGGAAGCAUUCCAGUUGGUAGAUCGAGAAGCCAAACCACAUAUGGAGAGUUAUAAUGCAGGAGUUAAACACUACGAGGCUGAUGACUUUGAGGUGGCCAUCAAGUACUUUGAACAAGCUUUAAGAGAAUAUUUCAAUGAAGAUAUGGAAUGCCGAACCCUAUGUGAGGGGCCUCAGAGAUUUGAAGAGUAUGAGUAUUUAGGGUAUAAAGGUGGUCUGUAUGAAGCCAUUGCAGAUCACUACAUGCAGGUGCUGGUUUGUCAGCAUGAAUGCGUGAGGGAACUUGCCACCCGCCCUGGCCGCCUCUCACCAAUAGAGAACUUCCUCCCUCUGCACUAUGAUUACCUGCAGUUUGCCUACUACCGAGUUGGUGAAUACGUGAAAGCCUUGGAGUGUGCCAAAGCCUAUCUUCUGUGCCACCCUGAUGAUGAAGACGUCUUAGACAAUGUGGAUUACUAUGAGAGUCUGUUGGAUGAUAGCAUUGACCCAGCAUCCAUUGAGGCCAGAGAGGAUUUAACAAUGUUUGUGAAACGUCAUAAGCUGGAAUCUGAACUGAUAAAAUCAGCUGCAGAGGGGCUGGGAUUUUCAUACACUGAACCGAAUUAUUGGAUCAGAUAUGGAGGACGACAUGAUGAGAAUCGGGUCCCUUCAGGAGUGAACGUGGAGGGAACAGAAGUUCAUGGAUUAUCAAUGGGAAAAAAGUUAUUGCCCAAGAUAGAUCGAGACCUAAGAGAGGAGGUAACAGGGAAGACAAUGCGCUGUGACCUUUCAGGUGGUCCUCUGCUCUACGAGAACAUCACGUUCGUCUACAACUCAGAGCAGCUGAAUGGGACUCAGCGGGUUCUCCUGGAUAACGUCCUGUCAGAAGAACAGUGCCGGGAGCUCCACAGCGUGGCCAGUGGAAUCAUGCUUGUUGGAGAUGGAUACAGAGGGAAAACUUCACCCCAUACACCCAAUGAGAAGUUUGAAGGUGCAACUGUCCUGAAAGCACUCAAAUUUGGUUAUGAAGGCCGAGUCCCACUGAAGAGUGCCCGUCUGUUCUAUGACAUCAGUGAGAAGGCGAGAAAGAUUGUAGAAUCCUAUUUUAUGCUGAACUCAACCCUGUAUUUUUCCUAUACACACAUGGUCUGCCGAACAGCCCUGUCUGGUCAACAGGAUAGAAGAAAUGACCUCAGUCAUCCCAUCCAUGCUGACAAUUGCCUAUUGGAUCCAGAGGCCAAUGAAUGCUGGAAGGAGCCUCCUGCUUACACAUUUCGAGACUAUAGUGCUCUCCUGUAUAUGAAUGAUGAUUUUGAAGGAGGAGAAUUCAUAUUCACUGAGAUGGAUGCUAAGACCGUGACUGCCUCUAUAAAACCAAAGUGUGGGCGCAUGAUCAGCUUCUCAUCUGGAGGAGAGAACCCUCAUGGGGUGAAGGCCGUCACCAAGGGCCAGAGGUGUGCUGUGGCUCUGUGGUUUACCUUGGACCCACUCUAUAGAGAAUUGGAGCGAAUACAGGCUGAUGAAGUUAUUGCAAUCCUGGAUCAAGAACAGCAAGGGAAGCAUGAAAUGAAUAUCAACCCUAAAGAUGAGCUAUAAAAUGAGAAAGAAUGUUCUAUCAAAUAUUUAUUUAAAUUGUUAAUCUUAUGAGAACCUUUUUAUUUUUGUACAGAGCCGUGGUAUAAAUUAACAGGUUAAUACGAGUCAUCAGAUCUCCCUUCUUUUCCUAAGGACACUUGCUGUGCCUCACUUAGUCUAUCUUUCUUGGGUUUUUCCCCCAUCUUUUUAGAGAUGGGGUCUUGCUGUGCUGCCCAGGCUAGAGUGCAGUGGCUAUUCACAGGUGUGAUUAUAGCUCACUACAUCCUCAAACUCCUAGGCUUGAACAAUCCUCCCACCUCAGCCUCCCAAGUGGCUGGGACCACAGACAUGUGCCACCAUGCCCUGCUCUCUCUCUUGGUUUUUCAUCAGUUUAUCUAUCAAAGCCCAGUCACUGCUCCCCAACACACACACGCACUCUCUCUUUCCCUCUCUCUCUCUCUCUCUCUCUCUCUCUCUUAAUCUGCUGCAGAUCCAUACACUCAAACAGAGAGAAUAAGCUUGUUCUUGGUGAAACUAUAGCUCUCAUGCAACUACAGCUCUCAUGCCUCCUCCAGUUCUAGUUAGCAUGUGAUUUGGUCUGAGAAGGCCUCUCCAGCUCUCAGCCCUUCAUUCCCAUCCUCUCCUGGUGCUGAUGGCCAUGAGCUCUGACCCUCCAGAGUCAGCUCAGCUUUGGGUCUGAGGAGCCCCUGGCAGAGUCCGCACUGCCUCAGGUAUCACGAGCAUAAAGAUCAUCUAGGCUUCAGGAAAAAAAUAUUUCUCUGAUGAUAACUGUAUAAGACAGAGGGGCCUUCAGUCUUUCCAGGGCCUUGGUGGAGUUUUUGGCUCUGGUGUUUUCACCAGGGAAUAGAUUUACACUGGAAGUUUUGAUUCACCCUCCACAGUGCUCCAGAAAAGACUGUCCUUUGAGUUGUAUAUUUUAAAAGGUCAUACAGAGGUUGAAGUAGAAUGACUCUUCACCCAAUGACUUUGCAAGUGUAUCUUUACUACCACCUGGAUCAGGGCACCAUUGCCGGGUCUCCUGUGAGUGAUAUCCACUAGUGAAAUGGGUGUUUUGUAUUUAAAUAAGAAAAAUAAAUUUCCAAUUGAUUUUCAUCUUCA